AUACAAUCCCUCAAACCCUAUUUUAGGAAUCCUAAUUUGCUCAUUUACAUCUCUGCAUUCCUUUCUCCCUGAUUAAUUAGCUUAAUUUUCUGUCCUCUGAAAGCCAGACAUGGAAGACGAUGCAUCAAGCAUGGUUUCAAAUACCAAGACGAACGGACCAUCGGAAACUUCUUCCGGUACCAGCAACUACGUCUUAUCUCGCCCCAACAAGCGCGGCAGAUAUGAAAACGGGGUCGCAUUAGGGCGGUUCAAGGGGGUGGUGCCGCAUAACAACGGCCGUUGGGGUGCGCAGAUUUACGCCAAUCACCAGAGGAUUUGGUUGGGGACGUUCAGUUCGGCUAAGGAAGCUGCCAUGGCCUACGACAGCGCUGCCAUCAUGCUCCGAAGUGGAGAUUCCCCCCGCAAUUUUCCUUGGACGGAAGAGAGCUUCAAUGAGCUUGAUUUCCAAAACCUCUACUCUGUUGAUGCCAUCCUGGGCAUGAUCCGGGACGGAUCAUAUCAGUCAAGGUUUCUGGAUUUUCUCAAAAGUGCAGAAAGAAAAGAAAUUACCAGUGAACCACGUAGCAUUAGAAAUUUUCCAUGCACCCUACUUUUCCAGAAGGAGCUGACCCCGAGCGACGUGGGGAAGCUUAACAGACUUGUGAUUCCCAAGAAAUAUGCAGUGAAGUACUUUACUUGUAUUGAAAACGAGGAACCGUUGGUGCACUGUGGUGGGAUUGAGGAUGUGGAACUUGUUUUCUACGACAGGGGGAUGAAGGUGUGGAAAUUCCGGUACUGUUACUGGAGAAGUAGUCAGAGCUUCGUGUUGACGAGGGGGUGGAAUAAGUUUGUGAAGGAGAAGAACUUGAGGCACAGAGAUGUCAUUGCAUUUUACUCGUGUAGGAGUAAAGAUGGCCAGAGUUACAUCCUGAUUGACGUGAACAGGGAAAGUUCGAUGAAUGAAAAUAAAAUUGUGGUAUUGGAAUCUUCUGUUGAGGAGGAUGUAAAUGUGGAGCUCGACCUGAAGUUAGGGACGAAUUUCAGCUCCACAAUGGACUUUGAUAAUGAGGAUGACAAGAGGCAAGUCAAGUUGCCAUAUAAUGUGGAAAAGAAAGAGGUUAGGCUUUUUGGUGUGCAAAUAAUAGUUGAUUAGUUUUUUUUUUUUUUUCUUUAAGUUAAUUUUCUCUUUUUCUUUUAUAGUGUGUUUGGUUUGAUAGAAGGGAAAUGAAAAUGAAAGGAUGGAUGAAUU